AUGUUAACUUCCAAUGGUUUCAACGAAACUAACAAAUUGUACAGUACUAGUUAUAUAAGAACUUAUCUAUUGUACAGUUCUGGUUAUAUAAGAACUUACCUAUUGUACAGUUCUGGUUAUAUAAGAACUUAUCUAUUGUACAGUACUGGUUAUAUAAGAACUUGCCUAUUGUACAGUACUGGUUAUAUAAGAACUUGUCUAUUGUACUGUUCUGGUUAUAUAAGAACUUAUCUAUUGUACAGUACUGGUUAUAUAAGAACUUGCCUUUUGUACAGUACUGGUUAUAUAAGAACUUACUUAUUGUACAGUUCUGGUUAUAUAAGAACUUACCUAUUGUACAGUACUGGUUAUAUAAGAACUUACCUAUUGUACAGUACUGGUUAUAUAAGAACUUACUUAUUGUACAGUUCUGGUUAUAUAAGAACUUACCUAUUGUACAGUACUGGUUAUAUAAGAACUUACCUAUUAUACAGUACUGGUUAUAUAAGAACUUACUUAUUGUACAGUUCUGGUUAUAUAAGAACUUACCUAUUGUACAGUACUGGUUAUAUAAGAACUUACUUAUUGUACAGUUCUGGUUAUAUAAGAACUUACCUAUUGUACAGUGCUAGUAAUAUAAGAACUUGCCUAUUGUACAGUACUGGUUAUGUAAGAACUUACUUAUUGUACAGUACUGAUCCUAUAAGAACUUGCCUUUUGUACAGUACUGGCUAUAUAAGAACUUGCCUUUUGUACAGUACUGGCUAUAUAAGAACUUACUUAUUGUACAGUUCUGGUUAUAUAGGAACUUACCUAUUGUACAGUGCUAGUAAUAUAAGAACUUACCUAUUGUACAGUUCUGGUUAUAUAAGAACUUACCUAUUGUACAGUACUGAUCCUAUAAAAACUUGCCUAUUGUACAGUACUGGUUAUAUAAGAACUUGUCUACUGUACAAUACUGGUUAUAUAAGAACUUACCUAUUGUACAGUACUGGUUAUAUAAGAACUUGUCUAUUGUACAGUACUGGUUAUAUAAGAACUUACCUAUUGUACAGUACUGAUCCUAUAAGAACUUGCCUAUUGUACAGUACUGGUUAUAUAAGAACUUACCUAUUGUACAGUACUGGUUAUAUAAGAACUUACUUAUUGUGCAGUACUGGUUAUGUAAGAACUUACCUAUUGUACAGUACUGAUCAUAUAAGAACUUGCCUACUGUAUAGUACUGGUUAUAUAAGAACUUACCUAUUGUACAGUACUGGUUAUAUAAGAACUUACUUAUUGUACAGUUCUGGUUAUAUAAGAACUUACCUAUUGUACAGUACUGAUCAUAUAAGAACUUGCCUAUGGUACAUUACUGGUUAUAUAAGAACUUAA